GGGGAUGCGCGCCAGUGAGCGCGCAGGGAAGAUGGCGCUGAACAAAACGUUCGGGCAGAAGCCGGUGAAGUUCCAGCUGGAGGAGGCGGGCGAGUGGUACAUGAUCGGCUCGGAGGUGGGUAACUACCUGCGCAUGUUUAGGGGCUCACUGUACAAGCGGUAUCCAUCUCUUUGUCGGCGACUGGCCACUGUUGAAGAAAGGAAGAAAAUUGUAGCAUCUUCACACGAUCAUGGUUAUACCACUUUAGCUACCAGUGUAACGCUUCUUAAGGCAGUGGAAGUUGAAGAAAUCCUGGAAGGUAAUGAUGAAAAGUACAAGGCGAUCUCAAUCAGCACGGAACCCCCCUCCUACCUCAGAGAACAAAAGGCAAAACGCAACAAUCAGUGGGUGCCCACCCUGCCCAACAGUUCACAUCAUUUGGAUGCAGUGCCAUGUUCCACAACUAUCAACCGAAACCGAAUGAGUCGGGAUAAGAAGAGGACAUUCCCUCUCUGUUUUGAUGACCAUGAUCCAGCAGUCAUCCAUGAAAAUGCCUCUCAGUCUGAGGUGCUGGUUCCCAUCCGUCUUGAUAUGGAGAUAGAUGGGCAAAAAUUGAGGGAUGCCUUCACUUGGAACAUGAAUGUUCUGCCUUCCCAGGAAUACGUCUGGCAAAUCAUUGCUGCACUCCUGUACGGCAAGUGUUCUUCACUGGGGAAGGAGACCAAAACUGUGCACAAUUCUCCAGAAAAGUUAAUGACCCCAGAGAUGUUUGCUGAGAUUUUGUGUGAUGACCUGGAUUUGAAUCCUUUGACCUUUGUCCCUGCCAUUGCUUCAGCGAUUCGCCAACAGAUUGAUUCCUAUCCGACGGAUAGUUUACUGGACGAUCAGUCUGAUCAGAGAGUGAUCAUUAAGCUCAACAUCCAUGUUGGAAAUAUAUCUCUGGUGGAUCAAUUCGAGUGGGACAUGUCGGAGAGGGAGAAUUCACCCGAGAAGUUUGCUCUGAAGCUGUGCUCUGAGUUGGGUCUGGGAGGAGAGUUUGUCACCACCAUCGCUUAUAGCAUCAGAGGCCAGCUGAGCUGGCAUCAGCGCACAUAUGCUUUCAGUGAGAAUCCCCUGCCCACGGUGGAGAUCGCCAUCAGGAAUACAGGUGAUGCAGACCAGUGGUGCCCUCUCCUGGAGACACUGACAGACGCGGAGAUGGAGAAAAAGAUUCGUGAUCAGGACCGAAAUACCCGGCGAAUGAGGCGUCUUGCAAACACAGCUCCGGCCUGGUAACUGAUCCUGUUAUUGACGGUCUGGUAACUGGUCUCAUGUUCAGUUUGCCUCCAACUUGCUAACUGAUCCCAUGCUCAGUCCGAUCGUGCAUCUGGUACCCGUCCGUAUGCUCUAUGUGCCGGGAGCCGCUCGUCUGCUCGGUCCUGUCUCCAAUGUGAACUGAUGCCGUGUGCGGCCCCAUUUCCAGACUGGCCAACAGUCAGGUUCAGAUGAUGACAAGUGGAUAACCAUUGCAAGUGCUAGUUCUGAGAGAAAAUAGACAUUCCCCACAGUGGCCUUGUGGCAGACUUAUGCAGGUCCUCACACUGUGUAUUAAGACUGUGCUCAUCAGAUGUUUUCAUGUGCAGGCCCAUUCCCUACAGUCAGUGCACAGGUGUCUUGCCUUAAUCUGUUUUUGUAUAGAUGCUCAUUGCACUUCUAGAGCAGUUCUUUUUUUUAAAUAAAGGUCUUAAUUUUAUCUA